AAGUUUUGUUCUAAAAUGCCUGUAAGAGACUUUUAGGAUGCUGCUGAGGUUCGGGCAAUUUGUUAUAUUUAUACUAUUGUAGUGUAGGUGGUUAUUACAGUGCAGUCCUCAGACCUCAGUACUUCAGUGUAAAGGUAUCUUGUGAACUCGAGGAUUAUGGGAUGGAGCUCCUUAGACGAAGUUUUAACCUUGUUUUGGCCACUCUUGUACGUUUGUCAGGCCUUUAGUCAUCCAUGUAGCAGAAGCCCAACAUCUGUCCACGGACAUGUGAUGAUGUUUCAGUGGUUUCCAUCUCAGGCGGAUCAUUUUUACACACUUUCAUCGGGAAACAAGAUGCUAAACAGCACUGCAGUGUGUGAGAAUACGAAUGUAUGUAUGUUGAGUUUCAGAGCACCUCAGGUGUCCAAGAAGUUGAACUUCACUUUACAGUCAUACAAUCACACAGAACUACUGGACACCAAGACUUUCCAGCUUGUUCCACUCCUGACUUCCUCUCUGAGUGUGAAGGUGUCAUCCACGACGGCAGUGUUUGACUGGACAUCGGAUGGAAGUACUUUGCAUGUUUGUUUGGAUGAACAGUGUUGGGUUCUGUCCCGGUUUCAGCCGCUCCACCGGGUGACGGGGUUAAAACCUGGACGCCGUUACGAUUUCAGUGUGGAAAAAACAACAAACGUCCCUCAUCUCCAAAUCAAUGUCACACAAACCCUACAGUUGGCCAUGAAAACAGGUCAGUGUCCGGCCGGUUGGCUUGCUGUGGAGUGGAGCUGUUACAAAGUGAGUUCAGGAUUCCUGUCGUGGGAUGCAGCCCAGCGAGCGUGUGAAAGAUCAGCCACGGCGGCACACCUGGCCAACAUAAAGACAGAUGCUGAGUUUCGAUCUAUAUCUGCAUCCUUACUGGAGCGCUUCGGUCAUCUUCUUCUGUUGUGGACAGCUUUAAAUGACCAAGAGCUGGAGGGUGAUUGGCGCUGGUCGGAUGGCUCCGCCUACAACCUAACUAUCGAUGUUACGUCAUCGCUCGCAGCUGAUCAGGCUGGUUGUUUAGCGAUACAGAAGAACGCCACGGGACCAGGAUAUUUCUUCACUGCUUUCCCAUGUUACUUGCAGCUCCCCAGCAUAUGUCAGGUUGAUCUACUGCAGAGCAGUAGUUAUGAGCUGUAUCUAGAGAGUGUGUGCGAGACAGAAGUGGUGUUUGUCUGGUCUGACACAUCUCAGCUUCUGGAACAGACAGAUGGUUCUUCGCUCAUUCUGCACUCAGUGGAGUUAAUGGACCAAACUGUGUCACAGAUACCGCUCCCAAACACUCAAGACAGAGUGAGAGUUGAGGGUCUGUUUCCGGGACACGUCUAUCAUUUCUCUUUGAAUCUGACACACCCUAGUGGUGCGUCUCAGACGCUUGGACCCAUUCUCAUCGCCAAAACAAAACCAAAUCCUCCCCAGAAUCUCACUGUGACAGCUGUGACGUCCAAUCAGAUUUCAGUGUCCUGGGCUGCCCCUGAUUCUACCCAGAAUGCACUGUUUGACAAAUAUAUUUUGACCUGGGUGGACGCAGCCUCCGGCAGAUUCCAUUCUGUUCAGGUGGACAAGAUGAAUCUGAGCGCUGUGACUGGUGGGUUGAAGUCAGAUCAGACGUAUGGGAUCACAGUCAUGUCGGUCACAGGUGAAGGUGUGGAGAGCUCAGAGAAAGCAUCAUUGACUGUAAUCACAGCGGUUAGUCCUCCGCGCAAGGUCUCGGUUGGAGCCGUAGGCCGGGAGAACAUGACCGUGUGCUGGUGGCGUUCGUUGGACGAGAAGGUGAAUGUGUAUUACAUCCGGCUCCAACCAUGGAAAAAACAGGACCAAACCAGAGAGUUAUGGGUAAAUGGCUCAUCCUGUAUCACUCUUACCGUGCUCCAACCUGGUGAGACGUAUGAGGUGAGCGUGGCUGCAGUGAAGGGCGGGAACAUGAGCGCGGAGAUAACCAUACAACAGACACUAAGACCUGACAGCGUCCAGAUAGCUGUCCCGUUACAGGUCGGUACACACUAUAUGGAGCUAUUUGUGCAGAUGCCCAGGAACAGCGCUUACGAUGGCAUCACUGUUACUUACGGAAACAGUUUUCUUUGGAGGCCAGUGUCUGAAGACAGCAUCAAAUUGUUAGUGGAAGACCUAAAUCCAGGGAUGCAGUAUGACUUCCAUGUGUUUGCGACCAGCAGAGAAGCAAGGAGCGAAGGUUUUAUUCUGCCACCUGUCAGAACCUGUUUGGCUCCUCCCACACGCUUGCGUGCUGGUGUUGUGACUGACAGCUCCAUAGAGCUGCUGUGGGACAGAGCUGGAGGUGACGCCCACCACUAUGAGGCGCUGUGUGCCAACUGCUCAGAGACUGUCAUGGUGCAGAAGGUUGUGGAACCCAGAGCAGUAUUUAAAGAUAUAAUCUCAGGAAACCUCUGCAACUGUUCGAUCCGUACAGAGAAGGAGUUUUUCAGAGACAGUCCAGCCGUGACGAUUGCCAUCAGAUCUGCUCCCAGUUCGGUGACGUUGCUCCCCGUGCAGAGAUCAUCGACGUCUCUGACCGUUCGCUGGAGGACCGACUGGGGGGUCUGUGACUCAUUCAUCAUGUCAAUCAGAAACUCAUCCUUUAUCCUGCUCACCAAUCUGAGCGAGUCUGAUGAAAGAAUGUAUCACAUUGACAAUCUGUUACCUGGAAGCGUGUAUGUGAUUGAAGUGACUAGCGUUAGUGGAGACAGACGAAGUUUCCCUGCGAUUGCAACUGUUAACACAUUUCCAGAACCUCCAGGUGACAUCACUUUCAUCGAACAGGAAGUGAACAGCAUGUAUGUCAUGUGGCCACGCCCACCAGGCGGAGUGGACGGGUACAGGCUUCAGUAUGGCCUUGCAGGUGAACAUCUCCAGCCGCAGGCAGAAAUCCAUGGCAACAGUUUCAGGAUUCUUGACUUGACCCCAGGAAGUGAUUACAGGUUUGAGAUCCAGUCCUUCCUUGGAUCCGAUUUCAGCCAGACUACAUCCGAAAACUUCUCCACUCGUCCAGCAGGUGUAUGUUUGCUGUUGCGGUCUCAAGCUAACGUCACGUCUGCCACAGUGACAUGGGAAGAAGCACACGGGUAUUUUGACUUCUAUAGAGUGACGGUCAGUAACAGCUCUCACAACUGGACGUUUGACCUGAGUCCACAUGUGCGGGAGGUUACCGUCAGUGACCUGCGGGGCGGCUGUUCCUACAACACAACUGUACAGCGCUUCAGAAACCGACUGAGUGGGACUGCGGCUACAAUCACCCUACACACAGUUCCUUCCAGUCCUGAGGGUUUGCGUGUCCUAAGCGUGUCGCCGCGUGAUUUCUCCCUCCACUGGUUGGCAUCAUCAGGAUGUGAUCAAAACUACCUGGUUCAAAUGUUUCCUGACCAUGGCAGAAUUAACAUCACAACCACAACGGACAACUACAUCCAGGCUCAGGUCUCUAGCGUAACACCAGGAACAUCAUACACAGUCACGGUGGGCGCGGUGGCCUCAUCAGGGCUCAGCUCACCUGUCAGCCGAAUUCUCGUCACGGCUAAUGAGUCCUUACCGGCAGCCCCCUCUAAACCGGAGGGGGAACGGGUGGGUUCCACUGGAAUCCUUCUCUCCUGGCGGAUGCCUAUGCCCCUCGACCCCAGCAUCCAUUCAUUCAUCAUCAGAUACAAAGAGAUGUGUCCAUAUCCUGACUCCACAUUCACUGAGAUCCCCAAGAACCUGGACAUUCCCGAAACCCUGUUAAACACUCUCACCCCUGGAGCUACAUACAACAUUAAGGUUGCAGCGGUAAAUAAAGCAGGAACUGGACCUUUCAGUCCGUCUCUGUACUACAAGACCGCAGAGGCCCCUCCUGGUCUGGUGUCAAACCUCUCAGCGGAGCCUGAGGGUCACAUGUCGGCUUUACUGACCUGGUAUCUCCCCGUGCGCAUUAACGGCCUCAUCACUAAGUUCGCUGUGAAAGUCAAACAUGCCCGGACGGGCCAGAUCGCCCGCACCCUGGAGCUCAACGCAGAGGACAUCAUGAACGAAGCACUGCCUCACUGCAAUGAUGCGGCAGACAUCCUAUCCCGUGGAACACCUAGUCCGGCCGAGCUGACCUCUGCUGUGUUGCCAUCGGUUACGCUCUCAGCUGUUCCACCCGCCUCCGUCUGGGCUGUCCCAAUCAGCAUCAGCAUCGAUGAGCUCCGCCCCUACACGCCUUACGUGUUUGAAGUCUCCGCCUUCACCAGUGACGGGGAGGGACAGAUCGCCAGUACUAUGGUCCGCAUGCCUGAGGCCGCUCCUGAAGAUCCUCCACAAAACAUAAUGGUGAGAAACAUCACCUCCAAAUCUCUGUCUCUAUCUUGGGAACCCCCGAACAUCAUCACCGGACGUUUCAGUUACGUCAUCCAGCUCAACAGCUCGACAGGGUUUAUAAGUGAGAACAGCACGUUUGAUCCGAUGUUUACUUACACCGGACUGACUCCUUACACACUGUACUACAUCCAUGUCAUGGCCAAAUCAGCAGGAGCCACAGGACCAGAAGCUGUAUUCAACAUUACUACACUACCAGAAGCCCCGGGUGCCGUGUCUAAUCUGGCAGUGGAGGCCAUCGACUCGACAUCUGUGCGUCUGUCAUGGAGAACUCCGAGCCAACCAAAUGGACUCAUCACACACUACAGGAUCCUAGUACAGCACUACAGUACACUUGUACAGGACAUCACCCUGCGAAGACUGAAGGAUUCUCCAUCGAUACGUCGCAAUGCAAGAUCGCUUGACUUCACCACGUCUAACAUCUUCGCUUUGACUCCACAUGGAACCUCUCCUACUUCGGGCGAUUAUUUUACCAGUACUGACCAAACAAACACUGAACUGACCUCUGACCUUCCUUCCACACCGAGCACCCCCCACACUCCCCCUCCUUGGCUUACGGUGACCCACGACAUAAUAGAUGCGUCUGCUGAGACAGAGGCCGUAACCAUGGACCUUCCGACCGAACUGUCACCUUUUAUCUUUAGCACUGACCAGCCGCCAUUGGUUAACUUAAGCCCCUCACAGCCUCGCCGCUCCACUAGGGCGGUUGCAACGGGCUUCACCGAGCAGCAGACAAACUUCCCAACUCGAGAUGCAACAACCAUGGGGAUAGAGGUCCUGCCAGCCACUGAGGAGACUGUAGAGUUCUCGUCUGAUCAGAUGGUUUAUGUGAUCAGAAGACUGAGUCCUUUCACAGAGUACAAAUUUAGCGUGACGGCAAACAACAUCAUUGGAGAAGGACCUUCAACCCAUGUUACGGUGAAAACAGCUGAACAGGUGCCCAGCUCAGUUCAGGACGUGUCCUAUCAGAACAUUAGCUCCACCUCUAUUCAGGUCAGCUGGGAACCGCCGCUCAACCCGAACGGCAAGAUAACCUAUUACACAGUGUAUGCACAGAACCUCCUUACCAACCAGGAGUUACGGGAGGUGACGGACACCACCAGCAUAGUGCUCACGGGUUUGGAGAAGUACAGCAGUUAUAAGUUGCGUGUGGCGGCGUCUACAGCUGUGGGUGAAAGCCCUCAGGGCGAUGAUGACUACAUCUUUGUUGUGACACUGGAGGAUGAGCCCGAUUCGCCCCCGCGUGAUCUGACCGUAGUGAGAACCACAUCCUCCACCGUCACUCUCAGCUGGUCACCACCGGAGAAACCCAAUGGCAUCAUCCGACAGUAUGAGGUCACGUACAGCAACGGAACGUACAGCGACACGGUCAACAGCACGUCAGCCGGCGUCACGCUGCGCUAUCUGAAGCCAUACACGUACUACAAUGUGACGGUCCUUGCGUAUACACAACAUGGCCACGGAGAGCAGAUAUCUGAUACUCUUCAGAUGCUUUCAGGAGAGGAUGUGCCUGGCAGUCCACCUUCCGAUCUGAUCUAUGAGAGCAUCGGAUCCAGCGAGGUAAACGUCUCAUGGUCUCCGCCGCUUCUCGCAAACGGCAUCAUUCUGUUCUACAAUGUGGAUUACUGGAACGCCACACACGCUCUGAACAAAACCACAUCCGUGCCCUUCGCUGUCCUGUCCAACCUGAGGAAGUACACGCGUUACCGGGUCAGCGUUCAGGCCGCCACACGAGUCGGGAUGGGCAACCACAGCAGUGAGAUACUGAACAUCACAACACUGGAAGACACACCCAGUUCACCUCCAAAAUUACUAGCCGCCAGGAAAUUGUCAGAUACAGAAGUGGAGUUGUCCUGGCAAGCUCCGGACGAGGCCAACUCAGAGAUCUUGUAUUAUGUAGUGAGAGUUUGGAAUCUGAGCUCUGAGCUUGUGGCGAAUGUGACUGAAACAUCAGUGGUGGUCAGUGUUGAUGGGCCGGGUCAGUAUAACGCCUCGGUCAGCAGCUGGACUCGACUGGGAGAUGGAGGACUGUUGAUUUACAUCACGUUCAGCACCUUAGAAUCAGCUCCAUCGGACCCUCCGCAGAAUGUGUCAUACAUGCUCCUCACGACCUCUACAGUACGUCUCAGUUGGUCUCCGCCGACCGAACCCAACGGCAUCAUCCAGUUCUACACCGUCUACUACACAGACAAUGACACGCUCUUUACACAGAGGAUCCCGGGUUCAGAUCACGGCUGCGUGCUGUCUGAUCUGAUAGCAGGACAGACGUACAGUGUGUGGAUGAGUUCCAGCACUUCUGCUGGUGAUGGGGAAGUGUACAGCCCCCCUCUCAACUUCACUACACUAGAGGAGGUACCGAGCGGUCCGGUCCACAACCUUACCGCUAAGGUCUUCAGCUCCACGGCUGUGGUGAUCAGUUGGGAUCCUCCUCUGGAGCCCAAUGGUAAAGUGUUCUACCUGCUCAAUUUGGAAGAGGCGGGCACGAGCCAUCCCUCCAUCAACCGGACGCUCAACGCCACCCUCUCCACCUCGACCACAGAAAACAUCUACCUGUUCACCAAGCUCAGGAAGUACUUUCCAUACGUCAUCAGAGUUACCCCAUCGACGGGCGCGGGGGCGGCCGUAAAUCACACCACGAUGCUGCACCUGCGAACCGAUGAAGAUGUUCCAGGUUCUCCUCCAUUCCCAGGAGCUAGCAGAAAUCUCUCUUGGGCUUCCAUCUAUGUGACGUGGUUUCCUCCAGCGGAGCCCAACGGAGAGAUCAUAGAUUAUGCCAUCGUGCUGCAGGGGUCUGGAGGCGUCCACAAAAACUUCACCCCUGAAACUCAUGUAACGCUGACAGAUCUCACUCCAUUCACACCUUACAAUCUCUCAGUCGCUGCGGUGACCCGGCUGGGCGUCGGGCCGGCUGUGAUCAUACCCCUGCAUACUGAUGAAGCAGGACCGAUGUCCCCACCACGCAAUCUCAGUAUAUUCAACCACACUUCAGAUUCUGUUUGGCUUCAGUGGGAACCCAGUCUGGAACCCAACGGAAUCGUUCAGCAUUACGGCUUCAGAAUACUGGAACUGAACACGUACACCAUCAGAUAUCAGAACUCAUCAGAUGCAUCCACACAUGCAGAACUGAGAGGCUUCAGACCUCAUAACUCAUACGAGAUCAGCGUCAGCACACAAACCAGGGCUGGAAACGGAGAGCAGUACAGCUUACCUGUCAUAUUCACCACCAAUGAGUCAGUGUCAGAUGCAGUUGGGAAUCUGACGUGCUCCGGAUUGGAUUGGAAUUCGGUGUAUAUGGAAUGGGAGCCUCCGGUUCAUCCAAACGGAGAGAUUCUGCAUUACCUCAUCCGCUCUGGAGAUCAGGAGGAGGAGGUUCAUUCCCUCACGCUCCCAUACACAGUGGUCCACACCUUCAACGGUCUGUCACCAGAUGCCUUCUACAUCAUCAGCGUGGCGGCAGUAAAUUCAGCCGGAGCGGGAGAGGAGGCAAACUGCACGGCACAAACUCCAUCAGAGUCGGUUCCUGGUCCCCCCCAGUCCCCGACAGUAACGGAGGUCUCCUCUGACAGCGUGUCUCUAAUCUGGCAGCGUCCGGCCCGCGUGCCCGGUCUGUUACAGGGUUACAGCGUGGAGAUUCAGAGAUUGGCUAGACACUGUCGGAUGAAGGAAGAUACGGAGUCGUGUGUGGAGAGUGAGGUCAUGGAGUGGGUGGAUGGAGAAACCAACGGAGUCACACUCUCAUCUCUGCUUAAAUACAGAGAAUACCGCAUCCGAGUGCUGGCGUUCACCAGAGCCGGACCUGGAGAACCUUCGGGGUGGAUCCACACGCAGACGCUUGCUGGAAAUCCUGAUGCUCCUCCUGGUCCCAUCUCAGUAGUUCCGUCUGCCACCGGGUUAAAGGUGGAGUGGGAGGAACCCUCGGUCAUCUCAGGGCCCACAUCAUACCUUAUCGACAUCAUUGCUCUGGACGGCUCUGGAGCUAACGUUAGUUUGGUACGACACUCAGAGGAGAUCCGGGCGGUGGUUGUGGGAGACCUGACGGCGUUUACGUUGUACUCUGUGACUGUCACCGCCUUCACAGGGAGUGUUUCCAGCGCACACGGGGAUGGCAAAGCAUCCCAACCCGUCCUCAUCAGGACCCUGGAGGACGAGCCCAAAGAUCCACCUCAAAAUGUGACCUUGACUGUAAAUCCGGGCGAAGUGACACGGGUCUACCUGACGUUCUCUCCGCCGGAUGAGCCCAACGGAAACAUUAGCGCGUACCACGCUGCCGUCUACCGCGACGGACAGCUAGUUUUCAGUAUCAACAGCCUGCCAUUGGUCAGCAACCCUAACAACACCAUGACCACUGUCAUUGAAGGACUGCAGGGCGGAUUCAACUACAGCAUACGGAUAGCAGCAGUGAAUGGAGCAGGUUUAGGACCAAGUUCCGAAGUCCAGGUCACCACUGGUGUAAAAGCCCCCCCCAAGCCGACGAGGAGGCCGCGGGUCGCUGUGAACAACGCAGGUCUUGUCUUCACAACCUCCAACACCAUAACCAUUGAGAUGCCCGAAUGCUUCUUCACUGAUGACCACGGACCCAUCCAGAGAGUCCAGGUCAUUGUUUCUGAGCCGGCAGUGAUGGACUACGGCAAUCUGUCCAACUGGAAGAGUGUUUUCCUCCAGCCCACCGCUCCGUAUCUGACCGAUGAGGGAUUUGUGAAUCCGGCAUGCUCUGAGAGAUCUGAACGCACGACCACACAUGCAAACACAUACGUGAUAGGAGAGGACGAAGGCUGUUUGUCUGAAGAUGCUCGGAUGCUGUGUAACGGACCUCUUAAACCCAAAACAUACUAUGUAUUCAAAUUCCGGGCGACAAAUAUCCGUGGGCAGUACACCGAUUCUGACUAUUCAGAGAGGAUUAGAACUGCAGAUGACCAACUGUUCACUCGUGAUGAGCAGAUCAUUCUGGGAGUUGUGCUCUCUGUGUUUUUGCUUGUGUUUCUGAUCCUGAUUAUAUACUGCUCUGUGAGAAUACACCGGAGGCAGAAGGAAGGCGGGACAUACUCUCCACGCGAGGCUGAGAUCUUCGAGACCAAGUUCAAGCUGGAUCAACUCAUCUCUGUGGCCGACAUGGAGUUUAAAGAAGAGAAGAUUAACCGGUACUCCUCUUUCUUCUUUAGAAGAAAGGAGAUUUUUGUCAUCCAGCUGCUGAGUUACAGGAAAUCUCUCAGGCCAAUCAGUAAGAAAUCGUUUCUUCAGCAUGUGGAGAAUCUUUGUGCCAAUGACAACGCCAAGUUUCAGGAGGAGUUUGCUGAAUUGCCAAAGUUUCUUCAGGAUUUGGCCACGUCGGAUGCUGACCUGCCCUGGAAUCGCUCCAAGAAUCGCUUCACUAAUAUUAAACCCUACAACAAUAACAGAGUGAAGUUACUGUCUGAACCUGGAAUGCCGGGAUCUGACUUCAUCAAUGCCAGUUUUGUGUCUGGUUAUCUGUGUCCCAAUGAGUUCAUAGCCACGCAGGGUCCACUGCCCAGUACAGUCGCAGACUUCUGGAGGAUGAUUUGGGAGACAGGGACCAAAACCAUCGUCAUGCUCACACAGUGCUUUGAGAAGGGCCGGAUUCGCUGUCAUCAGUAUUGGCCGGAGGACAAUAAACCCGUCACUGUGUUUGCUGACAUCAUCAUCACUAAACUCACAGAGGACGUGCGACCUGAUUGGACGGUUCGAUCACUGAGAGUGGAGAGGCAUGGUCACUACAUGAUUGUCCAUCACUUCAACUACACAUCAUGGCCCGAACACGGCGUUCCGGAGUCCAGCUCCCCUCUAAUCCAGUUUGUCAAAGAGGUCCGUUCCAGCAGAAAUCAUGACAACACAACCAUAGUUGUGCACUGCAGCGCUGGUGUGGGAAGGACGGGUGUGUUCAUAGCUCUGGAUCAUCUCAUUCAGCAUGUGAGGGAUCAUGACUUCGUGGAUAUCUACGGUCUGGUUGCGGAGCUGCGCAGUGAGAGAAUGUGCACGGUGCAAAACCUGGCUCAGUAUAUGUUUCUGCAUCAAAGCACGAUGGACCUGCUGACGGCUAAGGGAAACAGUCAGUCCAUCUGGUUUGUCAACUACUCCGCUCUGCAGAAGAUGGACUCGUUGGAUGCCAUGGAAGGUGAUGUGGAGCUGGAGUGGGAGGAGACAACAAUGUAACGUGAGGAAGCUUUUCUCUUGUCAGCUGUUCAUCUUUGUCUGAUGGUUGUGAGGAGAACCUCAUGAAAGCCCCACGGACGCUGGGACUCGAGACCUCGGGGCCAAACAGAGAACAUAAGAGGAGAGUAACUCUCUAAUUCAGACAAACAAACACACAAUUCCUUCACUAAUCUGAUCUCGGUUUCACACUCUUCUUUAUAUCUAGCAGACGGUCUCAUCCAUCAAAGGUUUUUCAAAGUUCUUCCAUCACCUGUAAUUCUUUUAUUUCUACCUACGAUAUGUGAUGAGAACCUCCUACGUAUGGACUCAAAGCAGAACAGACACGGACGUAUUUGCUUUUAAAGAAUGUGAGAGUUUAGAGCUGUAAAUGUAAAGAGCUGGAUGUUUUAUGGUAUUUAGAAUGAAAUGUACGAGGAGAAGGAAACCGUAAGGAAUUUAUUCCCGAUUUUUUAAACAAAACCAGAAUGAACAGUCGGGACACAAUUAUAAUUAUUUAACAUUGUUUGUCAUGAAAUGAUAAGGUCAUUUCGUGUUUUUUUUCCAUAGUCAUUCACACUUAAAGUUGUGAGUGUGAGAACUCUUCACAUAUUGUGUGAUGUUGUGUUCACAGCUAGAAAACGGCACUAAUUCUUUGUAAAUGUUUGUCUUUUUCACACGUACAAGAU